CCGUGCCCUACCUGUGCGCAUGCAGCCAUCAUCGAAAGCUUGGCACGUCAAUUUCCCUAUGGGAUAAUAAGAUUGUCCACAUUUCAAGUUACAAGGUGCCAGAGACGAGGUGGGGAGGGGUAUAUUUGAUUUUAAUUUUGAUGAUGACGGCGUCGGCGGCGGCAGGUAUCCUAGCCUCGCUCUCGCUUCAGCAUAAUGUCUGCAUCGCGACGGCGCGGUUACGGCUGCGGCCCGUGGAGGCGGGUGAUUUACAUGCGAUUCAUCGGAUGAGGUUGGAUGUUGAGGUUAUGCGGUACAUGCCUGGCGUCGAAACUGUGAUUGUGGCGGAGGAGAGUCGACGGAGUAUCGAGAGGGUGCGACUCAUGAUGAAGGAGGGCGGGUUCUCAUUUGCCGUGACAAGGAAUUGCACGAUAGAGGAACGAAUUGACAGCAACGACAACGAUAGCGAGUGCGAUAUUGACAGGAAUGACGAGGUGGUCAAGGCAAAAGUGAUUGGGUUCAUCGGCAUCACGAGCCCGCCGCAGAUAUUCUACAUUUUCCAACGAGAAUCUUGGGGAAGGGGUUACGCCACGGAGGUGUUGCGGGCGUUUUUAGGGGCAUACUGGGCUGGCAGAAAGAUCUCCGGCGGUGGUGCCAACGGGCCCGACGGCAGACGGAGUCCGUCGUCAUCGCCGGAGAAGGAGGCCCAGAGAGUAUGGCAUGGAGAGGAAGAACUUGGGGAUGUAUUGGAGGCGCAUGUCCAUGAUGGAAACGUGGGCAGUGAAAUGGUGCUACGAAGGUGCGGGUUUGAGUUUGCGUGGGAGACGGUCACGUCUGCGCAUGGACGGGAUGAUGUUAGGUGUAUGGUGUAUCGAAUUGAGCGACCGAGGGGAUGAGAAUCUGUCGAGUGGUUCGUGUAAGCCGUGGUCACGUAAGGAGGUCACUAGAGUGAAUGAAGGUCAUGAUCAAAUGUGUGGGAAGUAGGACGAGAGCGUCUCUAGGGCUCUCUCACUCUCAUUCUGUCUUUUGUAUCUCUAUGUUUUUGUCGUGUCCAGGCGUCAUUUAUGCCUAGUAAACUUUUCCUCCUGACAUCUAAUACCGAAAACCCAUCGUCUAUUCCGAAAACGCCGGCCACCAAUGCCUCAAGAUGUAUGUGUGUAUCCCAGGUAUACGAAUCCCCGUAUUUCCCCGUCGUAGACAGUUGUAUGAGGGUAUCAAAAGAUAUGUAGUGCUGCUGUAAACAAGCUCAUGAUCUGCCUCCCCAGAAAAAAGGAUCUAAGAAUCUAGAAACGUCCACCACGUCUUCCACCGCCGCGGCCACCACCGCGGCCACCACCUCCACCUCCACCACCGCCGGAGCCA